CGCGAGUGUGACGCGUGCAUCACCAGUGUGUGUUGUGUGGUGGUGACGACAACGCGGACCUCGGGGGCUCCGUGACUCGGGCAGCUGCCUGAAAGUGUAAAAAUGUAAAUUAGAAAUUCGGAUUAUCUCAUUCGAUACCGUUUGUCAAAAAAGUGCAAAAAGUCUAGACAAUUUUUCGCCGAACAUAUUUUCAGACGUUGAAAAUUGAGCAUAAAUUGUUUAAAAAGUGAAAUACACCAAUAUCUCAGUGUAAUAUUAUCCUGGAACAUAAAAACAAAUUGGUGAAAGUCGACGGUCUGCCUGACAGUGUUUCAGUGUAACGAUAUUUCGAUGGCCAUUCAUCUCUCGUAUAUUAAGUUAAUGAGAGUGCAUUGAUACAAAGUGUUGGUGUGUUAAUUAGUUACCAUACUACCCUCGAGCUUCACCUGCCCCUCAUAUUUCUACCCUGGAAGUGUUAUCGUGUGAAUACGCCCACUCCAAAUGUUACUUCUAGCCUAUGUACUCUCCGUUCUGCUUCGCUAGCUGCAUGGAGGCCCCGGGCGAGAGCCGCAUCCCGACGGUGCGGCGGUCUGGCCUCCCUCGUCCCUCCUCGGCCGUUUCUAGACUCCAGCUCAGUGGUGUUCAGUACAAGCCGGGCGACCCCGCGCCCAUCGCCCAAACCCGCACCCACACUGUUGAUCCUGCCGCCCACAUCUACGAAGGCGCCCCCCAGCACCACACCAGCCCCGCUCACCACGUCCCCGCAGGCCAGGCCGUUGUCCCCCGCCUCAGACUCUCAUCCGGGAAGGUCGUUCGAUACUCCGACGGGGACAUUCUAGAGGCCCACAGCCGAAGAGCCUCCCGACCCUCCUCCACCGGCAGCCGCCUCAGCUACCCUUACUCCAGCGGUGAGAGCUGGGUGGACGAGGACCGGGUAUGGGGUAGGGAGCGGCACAGAGGUCUACGAGCCUCCACCGAGUCGGCCUUCUCGAGACAGCUGGCCAAGAUCACUCGAGGCUCCGAGGAGGACGUUAGCGAUCCAAGUCUCACCUACCGCGUCUCAAGCGUCCUCGGGGCUCGCACCUGCUGGGACGGGCCUCUGCUGCACGCCGCCACUGAGCCGCACUCUAAGUACCCGAACCAAGAGAGCGUGGGGCGGCGGGUGGUCGUGGCAGGGGCGGAGCAUGGGACCCUGCGCUACUUCGGCCGGACCGCGUUCGCGAGUGGCGAGUGGUGCGGCAUAGAGCUCGAGCGACCUGUCGGCAAGAACGAUGGCUCUGUAAACGGUGUUAUAUACUUCUCGUGUCGGCCGGAUUACGGGAUCUUCGCGCCUGCAAGUAAAGUGUUCCUAACUCUCGACGAAAUCGGCGGCGACGAUGCGAGAUCUGUAAACGUAGCGAACAGCGGUAAAGGUCAGGUUUGGCAAGGCUUAAUGCCGUCCUCUACACAAACUCAGGAACCCAAUGCUGUCCGGCGCCGGCCGUCAGACGCAUCCAAUGCCACCUACACCAUCGAGGGGCGUGACUCCUCGGUUCCGAACUCGCCCGAGAGUCAAGAAUCUCUCCAGACUCGCGACUUCACCCAAACGAAAGGAAGAUCGGCGUGUCAUGACGAGCACGAAGACGACGUGGCGAGUCUUGGCUCGCCGGAGGACGCCACCUGCGACGAGUCCUCGCUGGGUAUCCUCACUCCGGACCAAAUGCCAGACUUCACAGUCACGGCCUCCGCUUCCCUCGGCAGAUCUCCCUCUGACGAGGACGUGGCAGCGCUAGAGGACGAGGUCUGCGAUGCUUCUCUGCCGGCGGAGGCCUCUGGGCGGGAGGUGCCGCUGGUCCGCUGGGACUCCGAGCAGAGCAUGAGCGGGGUCGUGGACGAGGAGCUCUUCAAGAAGGACGUGUCGGCCAUCAUCCGCGAACUUCGAACAUCCGCCGAGGUCAGCUCCUCCAACAGCAGCUCCCCCACUCGACCUCAUCCUUCGCCCGAGACUGAACAGUUCCAGCACGAACUUCAGCAGAUUCAAGAGCACAAAGAUCAAGAAGAGGUAAUCCACGAGGAGGACCAGAGUGAGACCAUUCACGAGCUUCGGGGAGUGCCCAUAGGCGUUGACCUGUCGCGGCUCCCGGCCAUGGCGCGGCGAGUGGCACCGCUCACCACGCGGCUUCUCCUCGCUUCGUCGACCACGGGCGAGGCAGCGCCUGACGUGGAGGCGGCCUGGAGCGGCAGUGCGGCGGCCAUGACCACCAGUGCGGGCAGCCUCGACCAGGGAUAUCAGGGCGAUGCCGAGUGCGAUCCCCGCUCCGAGGGCGGCACUGGCACUGCCUCCUCCCCUACGGAGGACGUCCGGCUGUUCCAGGGCGUGAUCGACGUGGAGAGGCUCACGGAGGGAGAUGUCAGCUUGGCAGAUGACGAGGCCGAGGUGGACCAUGGCCAGGUGACGGCGAGAGACAGAACCGCCCGGAUCAUAGACGGAAAGCUGUACCAUAACCACCGCGAGCUCGGGCGUCCGCACGACCCCCACGCCUCGGAGAUGGACUCCUCCGGCUUCUACUCGGACCUAGACCCCCGAGACCGCGAGGCCGAGGACGAGAGCGCCAGAACUGACCUUGAGCCAGUGCAAGAAGCUCUCGGCAACUCCAGCCUCCAUGACUCUCUUCUGGACGACCAUCUUCAGGACGACAACACCCACAAUGACCACACCUUAGACGACCACUCCCUGAAGGACGACCUGACGUACAACAAAGACGCGAGCGUAGCAGUGGACGAGGAGGACCGGAGCUCGGCCAGCACGCUUCGUCCGGAGAGCAAAGACCUGACAUCCAUCGAGAACACGGACCGCUCGUACGCCCCCUCGCCCACCGAGCCCAAGCAGACCUCGCCGACGCCCGGCGAAGACGUUCAACUGACCUCGCUCGGCGGGACCAAGACCGAGCUCGCAGUGAUAACCGCAGAAGCCAAGCUCACCGACUCGGGGAUAUACGUGGAGGCCGCCGAAGACCCAACGAAGGAGCAGCAGCAGGCUCCCAAGGCCAGGACGUACGACAAGCCGUGGCUGUCCCGCCCGCCACCGCCCAAGAAGAAGGAGGAGGUCCGCAAGCCUCUCCCUCCGCCUCCUCCCAUGCCGAAGAAAAACGUGCAGUCGAAAUUGAAGGCCAUGCUGGAGGCGCAGGAGCCGGUGUCGGAGGAGACGCGCCGGCAGCGACAGCCCCGCAAGAACCGCUGGGACGCUGUCAUGAACAAGAUCGCCGAAGGCCAGAAGGACGAGAGGGUGCGUCCUAAAAUCGAGGUGAAGAGUCGACUCCUCGAGGGGCUCAAGACGCAAGCACAACUCUCGCCUCAGGCAGAGAAAAUCCGCCAGGAGCGAAGGGAGAGACGAGAGCGACGAGAGCGCCAGGCGGCGGCCGCGGCCGUGGCUGCCAGGCGCGUCAGCCAGGCCAGGAGCGACAGGAAGAGGAGCUCCGCCAGCAUCCGAAGUAAUCGAACGAGUCGAGCACCUUCGCUCGACUCCUUACCGACCGAUCCGACACGAACUUUGAGCCGAGGAUCCACACCGGACCAGUCUGAAGCGUCUAACAAAUCGAAUUUGGACAAGCUGGCAACCACGUCUCGCCCCGUGUCCCCUUGUCCCAGUGACGUCAGCUCCUCCUCUGACCUAUCACAUGCGUCCAACCUGUCACGUGUCUCGUCUCGGCUGCCAAUCAGGGCGUUGCAUGCGUCAGGCCCCGCCCGCACGAGCUCCAUCACUUCCUUGUGUUCCACAGCAUCCGGCGGAGGGUCCAGAGGGUCGAGGGAGUCCCGCGUCCUCACGUCUGCUCGCGCCUCCACGACCACAGCGGAGAAAAAGAGGCAGGAGGCCGCCCCACCUCCAAGACGACCCCGCCUUGAUAAUAUCAAGUCUACCAUUCCCAAACCUGGCAGGCUUCCACCCAGGAAAGUAACAG